CUAACCUUAUCUCGGUGAAAGUGUUGUGACAUCGGUGAACGGUCGAGGAAUUUUUGCGUUCCAGAACGACGCCGCAAGGAAGAUCAGUUUCAAGUUUUCCCACUUCGCAAAUUCUCGUAGUAGUGGCUGCACGGUGAUAGUUUCCGGUGGAGCUGGUGACUGUGGCAGCGUCAAUCAAGUGGACGCAAGGAGAUUGAUUUUGAGGUUAGCGCUACCGGCUCAAUUGCACCGCUAAUUGAGACUAGUGACGGCCAACGAGCUGGGCGUAAGCAGAAAGGAAUAAGCAACGAACCAAACGGUACCUUCGCACAGAUUAACCGGUUGGGCGUGAUUGAUUUUCGCAGAAGAAAAACAAACAGAAAACAGUCUCCGCAGGCGGUUUUCCGCACGUCAUCGCAGCACACACCCCGUAUCCUAGCAGCGUAAACGAAACUAGACAGGAUGGUUCCCACCAGUGCGGCAUCGAGGCAGCUUCUGCUGGUUCUAGCGCUGCUGCUGUGUGUAGUCAGAUUAACCUCAGGACGACCGCAAAAUGCAAUCGACAAUCAGGAUGCCCCGGAGAUGAAUUUGGCUGAGCUGCGGAAACUGUACACAAACUACAGUCCCUACCCAUCGAACCAGGGCCUGGAUGACUACGGCUUGGAUCGGUUACAGCUGCAGCUGCUGGCUCAGUACGCUCAGAGCAAUGCCAUCGGCGGCGGAGGUGGUUGGGAUCAGCUUUACCGGGCACCUGAAAUGAAACGUCAGAUCCGAUACCGCCAGUGUUACUUCAACCCCAUUUCCUGCUUCAAGAAGUAAACGGCUGCGGUGGUUUCCUUUUCCGUUUUCGAUUGUUGAGCCCGUUUGUAACUGUUUAUAUUCGAAUCACCACCCCCAGCAACUUAUGCUGUUUUUUUGUAAAUUGCGCGGCAGAAAUGCAAAUAAGCCCCAUGGAUAACAACACAUAGAAAAGAAAGGAAGGAAAAUUAAGCUUUAAGCCAGGUUGCCGAAGAGGGUCGAAGACCAACCAACACCUUCAAUGUGCGAUCUUCUCCAUCAAUUUAACACAGAUGCUGUCAAUAUUAACAUUACAACUAUACGAAAGAAAAAAACAUAAAUCAUAUUUUAGGCUAGUGAGUGCAACCCAAGAGACAAGUUUGCCGUUUCUCUUUGAGCGAGAGUAUGAAGAAAGGUUUUCUCUGUACAAAAUUGUUUGUAUAUUACAUACUGGAAAUACUGUGCGACGAUGCAAUUAAACCAAUCAACAUCAUAAUAAACGUUUAGUAAUGCUGUAGUAAACUUCAAAUAAGGAAAAAAUACUAUUUUUGUUAGCAACCCUCAAUAAAGUCGAAACAAUUCCCACAACAAA